AUGCGCUACACUCUCAUCAAUGGCCUGCUUAUGCUGGCUAUCUCUCCCUUCACCUCUCUCGCUCUCCCUGUUGAUCCCAAUGACCAAGCCGGCCAAUGGGAUCCUAGUGGCCAGUACCGCAAGGGCCACUACGUGAACGGCGAGUUCAUCCCCAACAACGGUGGUGAGGUUGGCAGCUAUGAGAACGGCGAGUACAACAACGGCGAGUACAACAACGGCCGCUACAACAACGGCCGGUACAACAACGGCCGGUACAACAACGGCCGGUACAACAACGGCCGGUACAACAACGGCGAGUACAACAACGGCCGCUGGCAGCGUCGCUGGAUUCCCGGUGUCGACCUUCCUGGAGAGCGUCACCGUGGUGCUUUCCGUCUUCCCGAGACUCGCAUUGGCAUCCCCGUUAAGCGUGGUAUCCCCGGCGUCCCUGGAGUCCCCGAAGUCGGUGUUCCUGGAGUCGGUGUUCCCGGCGUCGGUGUUCCCGGCGUCGGUGUUCCUGGCGUUCCCGGUGUUGGAGUCCCCCACAUGGGCACUGCUGCUGGCGCUGGCAGUUUGACCGGUGAGCGCAGCAUGAACGAGCACUCCGGCGCUGGCAGUUUGACCGGUGAGCGCGGCAUGAACGAGCACUCCGGCACUGCCACCAACGGUGCUGGCAUCCUCCGCCGUUGGAUUCCGGAGAAUGAGCGCUACAACAAUGGCCAGUACAGCAACGGCGAGUACAACAACGGCGAGUACAACAACGGCGAGUACAACAACGGCGAGUACAACAACGGCGAGUACAACAACGGCGAGAACUGGAACAAUGGACAGUACAACAACGGAGUUGACCGCCCUGGCGCCACCCAAGUCGAUGGUCCUUCUGGCUCUAUCACUGUCUCUCGUCGCUGGAUGCCCGAGAACGAGAAUGAGGAGUACAACAACGGUCAGUACAACAACGGCCGAUACAACAACGGCCGCUAUAACAACGGCCGGUACAACAACGGCGAGAACUGGAACAACGGAGUUUAUCCCUCCCAAAUUGCCCACAUUGAUGGCCCUUCUGGCUCUAUCACCGCCCCUGUCCGCCGCUGGAUCCCCGAGAACGAACGCUACGGAAACAACGGCUACAACAACAACAACGGCUAUAACAACGGCUACAACAACGACAACGGCUAUAACAACGGCUACAACAAUGGCUACAACAACGGCAACGGCGAUGACUGGGACCGUGAGAACAACGGUGAUUAUCAACUCGACCGUGACGCCGCCGAAAUUGCCAGCGCAGUGACCCCCACUGUGGUUGUUCGCCGCUGGACUCCCGCUGAGGAAGGCGUGAUUGAAGAGCAGAACAGGGAGGCCGAACUCAACGCUGAGCGCCCCGCCGGUAUUUUUGCCCGCUGGUGGCCUUCUAUCUGGCCCCGUCCCUGCAACCGCUACGACCUCAGCUGCAACCGCCGCCACAACGGCAACUACAACAAUGAGAACUGGGACCGCUGCGAGAACGGCAACUACAACGACCGCAGUGGCUGGUCCUGCCGCAGUGAUUGGACCCGCUACGGCGCCACUCCCACCCCCAGCGUGAUUGUCGCCCGCAACCAGCCUAGCUACGACAAGACCGUCAACACCGACAGCUACAAGUACGGCAAAGACCACCACGACAACAACCACGGCGACCACGGCGACAACCAAGACAACCACGGCCACGGCGACAACCACGACAACCACGGCCACGGCGACAACGGCGAGGACAGCGGCUACAUCAGCGACGCUGAGCGUGACCACCUGAGCGAUGCCUCUGCUACCCCCACUGCCUCCACCUAG